AUGCUAAAUCUAAUUAAAAAUCUGGAUAAUUUACCUCUUAAAACUGGAGGGAAGAGGGAAGCCAUAUCCUCCAAAAAGUUACCUAGAGCCACAAAUGGCCAAGCAAGUGAGAGCGGAGAGAGAGAAAAGAGAAGAGAGGCACCAAGCGGCAAGAAUUUGAAUGACGGUUCUCUUGUAAAAGGAUUAGAAAAGCAUUUAUUCAUGGUACUAUACUCCAGUGACACACGAAUGGGCAUUGCUCAUGGAGCGGAGCGGAGGUGUUUGGAA